ACCCAAGCGCUCGCUUUCGGCAACCUGCAAGCGCGGCGAGCGAAGACCUCGUAGCCGCCGCCGCCGCUUCCUUUUUCCUACGCUUCAAGAAACCUCCUCCUCUUCUUACGCCUCCUCCUCCUCCUCCAACUGCUCGGACCGCGUGUGCAAGGGAGAGGGCGAGGGGAAGGGAGGGAAGCGGCUGCCCGCUUCGGUGAGCUGAGGGGGACGGACGCGGCGGAGCUCCCUCGCCCACGCCCGCCUUCUACCUCUCUCAGGAGCCGCACUUUCGGCUCCCCGUCGCGGGCGCCGGCCGGAGCCAUCUUCGGGUAAGAGCAGCUCGACGGCGCUCGGCUCCUCCCCUUUCACAACUACCUACUUCUUAGCGCUGCAAGUCGGCGAGGAGACCGUUCGGCUUCGGAUUGUCGCCUCGGACCGGCGUCGGGCAGCGGCUCUGAUUGCAUCUUCAAUGGCUGGGGAAAGAUUGAUCAAGUGGCUGAAAUGAAUAUGAACACUAUCCUGGAAGAGAUUCUGAUUAAAAGAUCACAACAAAAGAAAAGGACAUCGCCUUUAAAUUACAAAGAAAGGCUAUUUGUGCUCACAAAAUCCAUGUUAGCGUAUUAUGAAGGUCGUGCAGAGAAAAAGUACCGAAAAGGAUCAGUUGACAUUUCCAAAAUCAAGUGUGUGGAAAUCGUGAAGAAUGAUGCUUUAGUUAUUCCCUGUCAAAAUAAAUACCCAUUUCAGGUUGUGUAUGAAAACAGCACACUUUAUAUUUUUGCUCCCACUGCAUACAGUAGAGAUCAGUGGGUAAGGAACUUGAAAGAAGAAAUAAAAAACAACAAUAAUAUAAUGGUUAAGUACCACCCUAAAUUCUGGACAGAUGGAAUCUACCAGUGCUGCAGACAAACAGAAAAAUUAGCGCCUGGAUGUGAAAAAUAUAACCUCUUUGAAAAUGGUAUGAAGACUUUGCCUCCAUCAAUGCCGGAUAAAAGUAAGAGAAGGCCCCCACCCCCUGUUCCCCAGGAAGAAGAGGAGGAAGAAGAAGAAAUAGUAGUAGCCAUGUAUGACUUUCAGCCCACGGAACCUCAUGACUUGAGACUGGAAAGAGGUCAAGAAUAUACCAUCCUUGAAAAAAAUGACAUUCACUGGUGGAAAGCAAGAGAUAAAUACGGAAGCAAAGGAUAUAUUCCAAGCAACUAUGUAACAGGAAAGAAGUCCAACAGUCUAGAUCAAUAUGAAUGGUACUGUCGAAAUCUAAACAGAAGCAAAGCUGAACAACUCCUAAGAAAUGAAGAUAAAGAAGGUGGUUUCAUGGUGAGGGACUCUAGCCAACCAGGUUUAUAUACAGUAUCCCUUUAUGCAAAAUUUGGAGGAGAAGGGUUAUCUGGAAUAAGACACUACCAUAUUAAAGAAACGAUGACAUCACAAAAGCAGUACUACUUAGCUGAGAAACAUUUAUUUGACUCCAUUCCUGAGCUAAUUGAGUAUCAUAAACACAACGCUGCAGGUCUUGUUACAAGAUUACGAUACCCAGUGACUCCAAAGGUGAAGCCCUCCCCAACUACGGCAGGAUUCAGUUAUGAGAAAUGGGAGAUCAAUCCUGCUGAGCUCACCUUCAUGAGAGAGUUGGGCAGCGGCCUUUUUGGCGUGGUGCGCCUUGGCAAAUGGAGAGCGCAAUAUAAAGUGGCCAUCAAAGCAAUCCGAGAAGGUGCAAUGUACGAAGAGGACUUCAUAGAAGAAGCUAAAGUGAUGAUGAAGUUGACGCAUCCAAAAUUAGUCCAGCUGUAUGGUGUCUGCACCCAGCAGAGACCUAUUUACAUAGUGACAGAGUUCAUGGAGCACGGCUGCCUUCUGAAUUACCUUCGGCAAAGACGUGGACACUUUACGAAAGACCAUCUGCUGACAAUGUGCCAGGAUGUUUGUGAAGGGAUGGAGUACCUGGAAAGAAACAGCUUUAUUCACAGAGAUCUGGCUGCUAGAAACUGCUUAGUGAAUGAAUCAGGGGUGGUGAAAGUGUCUGACUUCGGAAUGACAAGGUAUGUGCUUGAUGACCAGUACACAAGCUCUUCAGGUGCUAAGUUUCCUGUGAAGUGGUGUCCCCCAGAGGUUUUCAAUUAUAGCAGGUUCAGCAGCAAGUCAGAUGUCUGGUCUUUUGGUGUUCUCAUGUGGGAAGUAUUUACUGAAGGCAAAAUGCCCUUUGAGACAAACACGAACUAUGAAGUAGUGACUAUGGUUAGCCAAGGACACCGUCUAUUUCGGCCAAAGUUAGCAUCUAAGAAUAUUUACGAUGUGAUGUUGUUGUGCUGGCAUGAGAAACCGGAGGGACGCCCUACAUUUCAGGAUUUGCUGCAGAUGAUUGACACCAUAGCAGAGGAUGCUUCCUGAAAAGGCAUGAGAGGAACAAAGUUGUUCACAGUAGAGACAGCAUUCUGAAAAGCCAUGCUCCUGGAUGUUGCUUCAAAGGGCCACACACAGAGAGAGGACAACAAUGCAGUUUCCUUCUCCUUAAAAGGAAGUGUUUUACCAAGAUAGCCAUAGUUUGCUCAGCCAUUUAAACAGUCUGUGAAGUAGACACUGAUGAGGGUUGAUGAGGUGGAAAACGUGGUUCUUGGCUGGGGGAAGAAACAGGAUGGAACCACACUUUGAGCCCUAAACUGCAGAGCAGUAACUGGAUUUUAUAAAAGUCUCUUCCCACUUCUUUCAACCAAAUGUUGAGGAGUGGCAAGGACUAGAUUCUUCAGCAUCAAUGUUUCCAAGGUUUUCCUAAAAAUGCAGUGUUACAUUGGCUCACCAAAGCUAUAAAUAUUGCCGUUCGCUCAUGAUCUUGCAGUGCUCUUUUGUUUUGCUUCAAUAGUUGGCACUGCAGCACCUCUCAGCUGUGCCACCUCAAAUGAAGGACCGUGUUCUUUUAAUCUUUUCACCUGGACUUUUUCUACAGAAUAACUAUAGAGGCAGACCAGGAGCUAGUCCUAUGACUACUGCUACUCUAUGCAUUGUAGCACUUAGCAGAUAAGAGAAGUGAUGACUGGAUAGUGUGCUAUAUUAACAGAGGCUGGAUUCCAAAUCCCUCUUCACCAAUGAAACGCUUAUGGGGAUUGUGGGCCAAUUGCUAUCUUUCAACCUAACCUACCUCACAGGGUUGUUGAGAGGUCAAAGGGAGAGAGGACAAGAGAUUCUCUUGAGUUUCUUAUAGGAAGGGUGGGCUAAAAAAAUGUAGACGUUCUAGUGGAUGACAGGCUGCUGCAAUUCACCCUGAGCCUAUGGAUUAGGAAAAUGUAUUAAAUAAAGAAGAAAACCUGCUUAGGGGGGACUUUGACACAGCAUUCAUAUUUAUGUAUAUAUAUAUAUAGUUCACAUCCUGUAAAUAUAUACACUGCACACAUGUAUUUAUAUGAAUGGGACUUUAGGUUUUCUUGAAAGAUUUGAAAGGUACAACUUGUUGAAUCCUUUUUAUGUUGCUCAUGUAGCUGAACACAUCGCCAAGAGCUGAAAGAGUAAAGUUUCAGCGUUACUAUAAACUGAAGAGUUCUUGGUCAGUGUGCUGCAGUUGAUAAAAUGCUCUUCGCAACCCUCAUAAAAUACUGUACCAAAAAUGUGUCUAAUAAAUAAUAUGCGUAUUGUUUGAAAUCUUGAUAAAGGCUGUGCCACUGAUUUUUAUUUCCAGACUUGUCUGGAAUUAAUUUUAACACUUUCGCAUUAGGAUUCCCCCAAGAUGUUUCGCUGCUCUGGUCUGCUGUGCUACACAGUGUGACAUCACAAGGAACAUUCAAGCCUUCUGCAACAUUCUACCUCUGGGAUCAUGUGCUGCUUUACUAGACACCCAAGCCACCUUAGAUGCAGGAGAGAAGCUAUAACUCAAGAAGGUAGGCCUCCUGACAGAUUACAUCAAAUUAUGAGUCCUUGUAACCAUGAGCUCCAUACUAUCCAAAUUAUAUCCCCAAGGAUAGCAGAAUUACCUGCACGAAUUCCAGCAGCUGACAUUUGAAUACUUGUUAUUUUACAUAAUACAGUGGUACCUUGGUUUUCGAGUGUCUCAGAAGCCAAACGUUUUGGAACCCAAAUGCCGAAAACCCGGAAGUGAAUGCUUCAGUUUUCGAACGUGCCUCGGAAGUUGAACGGCUUCUGAGGCACGUUCCUCAAUUUUCUCAAUUGAAUUUGCCGACCACCCACUGUGCUUCGGUUGUCGAACGUUUCGGAAGUCGAACCUUCUUCUGGAACAGAUUACAUUCAACAACAGAGGUACCACUGUAUUACCUUAGAAAAAUUCUAGUCAUAGGAAGAGGUGAGACAUUUUUUCAGCUACCUUGCUGGCUUCUGAAAUCUGUGUCCACACAAACUUUCAAGUGGUAUCUCUAGCACAGCUAGAAAGCAGCUCUUCUUAAAAUACAUAUUUUCAAGAAGCUGAAUGCUAUCCACUACCAGCUUUUUCCAAAACCUGCAAACUUGCACCAUAGGGCUUGUCCCAACUUCUGCUUGUCCCAUGUAUAGAAAGCAUGGGUCUGAGAGGUUUUCUGCUUAUCUUACGUUUUCUAGGCACAGAUGCAGGAAGCUUUGCUCUUGCCCUGCCAUUCCCCCCGGAAAACCCACUUUUAAAUCAGAACAAAUGGCAGCUCUAAAUGGCAGCACUAAAUCAGAACAAAUGGCAGUUCACAGAAAACCCAAUUACUGUUUUCUGAUUCAGCACUAAACCGUGCAAAAGCUCUCUUCAUAAGAGUGAUAUCACGGCAGCAAAGUGGUUUUUUAUGUACUCUCCACGUUAACUCGCGAAAAAGAGAAUUGCCAAGAUAAGCCUUCUCCAAAUUUUCUCAGUUCAGGUUUUCGUACACAAGGAAAGGCUACUUUAUUGUUGUAUGAAAAAUAUUCCCAUAUCUGUUUAUUUGUUUCAUUCAAAAACAACUAUGCCAGGUCAUAUGGAACCAGACCUCCCACCUCUCUACUCAUCAUUCCCAUUGCUAAAAGUUCCUACAGGAACCAACACAAAUUCCCCAAAACACUUCUCUCUCCCCCCCCCCUCUCUCUCAUUAAAAAGAAGACGUGGGCACAAACACAUUUUAUUGAAACAAUAUAAUGCCCCCCCUUGUUUGGACAUCAUAGUAUCAAACUUAAAAUCUUUAUAUCAGAAAGUUAGCAUCUUAAAAAUAAGUUUUAUUCAAAUGUAUCAAGUCAAAACGUUUGUACACACACAAAAAAUCCUGAAUGACAUUAAAGACUUCCCUGCACAUAAAA